AUGUUCAAGUUGAUCACCUUUGCCGCUGCGUUCGCAGCCGGGGUUUCCGCACAUGGAGACCAUAGUCAAGAAGCCUUCAAGGAGGGCCCUCACAAGUCCCUGUGGUACAACACUCUUCCUGGUGAUGGUGGUACCCAGGCCGACUCGGUCUUCUCGGGUAUCUCUACCUUUGGUCGCAUUGAGUACCACCCCUGCCUGGCAAGCGAUGCCCGCAAGUACGACAUUGCUUUCAUCGGCGCGCCCUUCGAUACCGGUACUUCGUACCGUCCAGGUGCCAGAUUUGGCCCCAGUGGUAUUCGCCAGGGAUCGAGACGUCUCAAUCUCUACGGAGGAUUCAACGUCCCUCUCCAGGCGAACCCCUUCAACUCGUGGGCCACUGUCAUUGACUGUGGUGAUAUCCCCGUGACCAGUUACGACAACGAGUGGGCGUUGAAGCAGAUUGAGGAGGGUCACAACAGCAUCUUGAUGCGCGAGCCCGCCUCGAAUGCCCACAUGACCGGGCCCAGCAAGCACGGCAAGACACUUCCUCGUGUCAUUACCCUCGGCGGUGAUCAUACCAUCACGUUGCCUCUUCUGCGCUCCAUGAACAAGGCAUACGGACCCAUCACGGUCAUCCACUUCGACUCCCAUCUUGAUACAUGGAAGCCAAAGGUCUUUGGAGGAGCACCCACCAAGGUUGCUUCUGUCAACCACGGAACAUACUUCUACCAUGCUGCUCAGGAAGGUCUCUUGCGGAACGAUACCAACAUUCACGCCGGUAUCCGCACCACCCUGUCAGGCAUGUCCGACUACGACAAUGAUGGCUACUGUGGUUUCGAGAUUGUCGAGGCUCGUGAGAUUGAUACAAUUGGCAUGGAUGGUAUCAUCAAGAAGAUUCAUGACCGUGUUGGGCACGAGAACCCUGUCUAUCUCUCGAUCGACAUCGACUCGCUUGACCCUGCCUUCGCUCCUGGUACUGGUACUCCUGAGACUGGUGGCUGGACCACUCGUGAGCUCCGCACCAUCAUCCGUGGUCUCGAGGGUAUCCACCUUGUCGCUGCCGAUGUAGUCGAGGUUGCUCCUGCCUACGACACCAACGCCGAGCUGACCACAAUGGCAGCUGCCGAUGUCCUUUACGAAGUCAUGACACUUAUGGUCAAGGACGGCCCCCUCUCCGAGCUGUCCGCCGACAGCAAGAAGGAAUUGAAGUAA